CUGUGCCUGUGCAUUUUGAUGAUUGAACCUGGUAACUAUGUUUAGCUGUCCUAAGUGUACCUAAACUGUGAAUCUUGGUGCGUGAAGCUGGUGAAUAUAUAGAGCCAUCCUAAGUGUACGUUGACUGGGAACACUUCCGAGCUGCGCCAUCGCACACGGGUCUGGUGCGACAUGGCUUCCGCAGCAGGAAUCGCGGCUACUGCAAGUUUUGAGGAAAUGAGAACCAUUUGUCAAACCCACGAAGUAAUAAUGACGCUGUGCCCUAAGUAUACGAGCAAACUGUUGGCUUUGGAGUGCAAGGAUAAAGAUAAAAACGUUACUUACAAGACCUACCUAGAAAAAUGUCGCGGUCAGACCUUCACACAAACUGAAUGGAAGAAGCUAUGCGGCUUUUUGGGUGGCAAGUUUGAAACCGAAAAGGACCCCGACAAUUUUGACAUGACGGCACAAGACAAAUUAUUUAAAAUCAUGUUCGAUAUCAAAAAAGACGGGAGAAACUCGACAGAUUUGUUAAAUAAAGUGAAGGCGGUGAAGGACAUUAGAAAUGAUCUCAUGCAUGACGCAGCAUCGAUGAAAGAUCCAAAUAAGGUCCAUGAGAUCAAAGAUACAUUGAUCGAGCUGAUUGAGGAAGGUGGAAGUUUUUAUUCCCUUCCCACCAGCGAAACAGAGGACAUGAAACAUGAGCUGCAACAUAAUAUAGAUAACUGUUUUAGUAUAGGGAACAAACAGCUGGCUCACGUGACAUAUCUUGCACUUACUGAAGGAAAAAGAAUUUCUGACGAUCGUGUUCAGAAAUAUUUCAACGAAAAUCUACCUUUAGACCUUGGCUGCGUGAAAAGAUCUGAGGUAUUUUAUUCGCCUAAAGUGAUGCCAAGUGGACAAAACAAAAAGCCUCUUCCUUACACCAAAAUCUUUGACUCGCAGGAUCGAGUUAUUAUUGUUGUGGGUGUCGUGGGGGCGGGUAAAACAAACGUGCUCAAGAACAUAGCUCUACAGUUUUCUGCAUUGCCGUCCAAUAUCCCGGACUUUUUGAAGGGAUUUGAAGUUCUUGUCUACAUCGAGUGCAGGGACAGAACCAUGAGCAGUCUACAGCAAGUCUUCAUGGAGCACUUUGAAGGCUUGUUUACUGAACCUGGAGAGAAAGCCAGCGUUUUGCAAGCUGUGAAGCAGCUUCACGUUCUGUUCCUGGUCGAUGGGUUCGACGAGGUAAACGAUAUGUCAAUGACUGUUUUGCGUGAGCUCCUGAAAACAAAAUGGCACUCUAACUCUCGCAUUCUGAUCACAAGUCGUCCUCAAGCCUUCAAAGAAGUCAAAACAUUUGUCACGAACAAUGACGCCACCUUCAACGAGUACCGUAUCGCUCCGCUCUCUGAGCUGCACGAGCAGUUGGAGUUCAUCGAAAAAUACGGACGCAGUCUGAACGAGGAUCCUGCGCGGGCACACGCGAUGCGAGAUCGAUUUGCCCGGCUUGACCCAGAAUUACAGAAAUUUUUCACUGAGCCCAUAAAUUUGCUGCAUUUCUGCUCAAUUUUUAAUAAGACUCCGAAAAAUAUUGACCGAUGGAGAAGCUUCAAUGACUUGUCGAGAGACGUAUUAGCUUUAAUAAAAGCAGUCGUGGCAGGAAAGCUCUGCGAUAUCGCUGUCCCAGAUAAAGAUGUUCUUAUCGAUGACCUGAUCAUGGUCGUAGGUAAGUGUGCUUUGGAUUUCCUCUCGCGCAACCAAGUCACUUUCGCUGACCACGAGAUCCUUCGCCUAAAGCGUCAGUGCAUCGACAAAAUGAAGCCUUACGGAGCUAGCGGGAAAUUUGACACUGGAGUGUUCCUCAGCACCAUGCUUAAAGAGAAGAGAUUGCUAUCUGGAGGAACAACCUAUUCCUUUGAACAUAAGUCUGUCCAAGAAGCAAUUACCGCCCACUACGUUGUUGGGCAACUAAUCGACACGGAAGAACCUCUUAAAAAUAUCCUAGGAACUACGAACUCAAGCCUCCUGGAGGUGCUGCUGUAUGUGGCGGCGGAGCUCAGCACCCGCAGCCCUUCCCAGUUCCAGCGGCGAUGGGGGCAGCUGAAGGAAGCGUUGCGCGACGCCGGCAUCGAUACCGGUGACGACAACGGCGAUGACGUGAGGGACUGCAUCGCGCGUUGCCCUGACCACGUCGCGGGGCUGGUGGCCGAGCUCGCCGUCCUGGCGGGGGGUGGAAGCUGGCAUGUCGAGAACGAUAUGCACACUCGCCCCCUACGGCCUCCUGGCCAAACCAAAUUCCUCUUUCUUGACCGCCCCCGGCAACCCUCCCCCCUGCCCUCCUCCCCCCCGCCAGAGCUGUGCGUGGAAGGGGUGGAAGAGGGGUCCUGGGAGGCCGAUACUCCCACAGGUGGCAGGAUAAACGGCUGCUCAAUGUCGUAG